AUGCAUAUCCUCCCAGGAUCCCAGCACGCGGAGGCGUUGGGCGACAGUGGAACUCAAAUACGCCCCGUCCAUUGCGAACCAGAACAGAUAGCCAAGACCAAUCGGCAAACGACGGGUAUAACGCAUGUAAGCACCAAAUGGCGACCGUCAUACCACCUUGCCGCGCCCCAGGGGUGGAUGAAUGACCCCUGUGGGCUUGGAUAUGACCCGGCGACUGGAGUGUACCAUCUAUCCUUCCAAUGGAACCCGCGUGGGAAUGACUGGGGAAACAUCUCCUGGGGCCAUGCCACUUCCAACGAUCUGGUGUCCUGGAAAAUAUCUCCCGAACCUUGUCUGACGCCGUCUGCGGAGUAUGAUCGAUGCGGCGUGUUCACAGGUUGCUUUCGUCCCCACGGUCCGGAUGGCAAGCCGGGUGUACUUACGUAUAUAUACACGUCCGUAAAUCAUCUCCCACUUCAUUAUACUCUGCCGUAUGUCACGGGCAGUGAAUCACUCAGUAUAGCAGUCUCCCAUGAUCGUGGCACGACAUGGCAGCGAUUCGACGGCAAUCCGAUUAUCCCGGGGGCCCCUGCAGGAGUCGAUGUGACAGGCUGGAGAGACCCUUAUCUGAACUGCUGGCCCUCGUUGCGGGCCCAGCAACAAGAUGGGUUGGUCUCCCCUAAUCUGUAUGGAUUCAUCUCCGGGGGCAUCGCUAAAGAGUCCCCAACAGUCUUUGUAUACGUCGUCAAUCCCGACAAUUUGACGGAGUGGACAUACUUCGGGCCUUUGCUUCACGUUGGCUUGAAUUUUCGACCCUCUCGAUGGUCGGGGGAUCUGGGCGUCAACUGGGAAGUUGCCAAUUGCUUAACGUUGACCGAUGACGGCGUCUCCCGAGAUUUCGUGAUCUUCGGCGCAGAGGGAUGUUUGUCUUCCGAGGAUGGAUCAAAGAGAGUACCGCGCUCCCUACUCUGGAUGUGUGUAAAUGUUCGACCUAGGCUGCAGGCACAUAGCAUUUUCGAGCCUCUCGCAGAAUAUGCAUUCUCUGGGAUCUUCGAUCACGGGUGCUGCUACGCCGCAAACUCUUUCUGGGAUCCUAUCACCGAGCAAUACGUCGUAUACUGCUGGAUUACGGAAGAGGAUCUACCGGAUCGUCUGCGCCAUCGACAAGGCUGGAGUGGCGUCAUAUCUCUGCCGCGAGUAGUAGGGCUGGUGACUCUUGAUAAUGUCAAGCGAGCCCACCAGUCGAAGUUGGAAUCCAUUACGUCUAUCGAGACAGAAUGCAAUUCGCAAGGUACACGAGUUCGAACAUUGAGUAUCCGGCCGGACCCCAGGCUCGACAAGCUUCGAACAUCAGCACAAGAGUUGCAUUUAUCGAAUGUACACCUGGGCUCUUUGGCCCAUCAGCCCUCUGCGUUCUUGCCCUUGGGUACUGCUAGGUGGGAACUGAACGCGACCUUCGUGGUUGAGAAGCACUGCGCGGCAGUAGGGUUGGAAAUCGGCCACAGCCCUGGUGAGCUCUCAUGCUUUCUCUUCCCCGAAGCUGCAAUAAUUGCUGACGCACAAGGAGAUUUCCACCAGCGCACGGUCCUAUCAUGGAAACCAUACGACGAGACGUUCACAAUCGAAAGGCCUCCACCUCACGAUGCCGGCGUCAAUCAUGCUCCCGAGACCGCCCCGCAUACUCUCUUCACCUUCUGCAACAAUGAAGGCGAGGAGAUGACAGAAUCGCUUCAAGUUCACGCAUAUUUCGAUUCAAGUGUGCUAGAGGUGUUCGUGAAUAGCAGAACGGUCAUCUCCACCCGCAUCUAUACUCCUCAUGCACAGGCCUGCACUGGGUUGAAGUUUUUCGCCUCGGCAACCGAAAGUCAGCUGAAACCAUCGACAUCCGCUGCUGUGCUGCUGAGGGCAGAUGUUUGGGAUGGACUGAGCGUGAUUCGUGAUGAAUUAAGUAUUAGAUAA